GGGGAGAGGAAAUCUGGAUUUGGUGGUAUUAAAGCGCUGAAGGCUCGCCGCCAUGGACCUGAGCCUGAACCGAGUGGAUUAUCUGCAGGUGGGAGUGACAUCUCAGAAAACCAUGAAAUUGCUCCCUGCAUCAGGACGCAAAGCAACACAGAAGGUUGUCAUUGGAGAUCAUGACGGUGUUAUUACCUGUUUUGGUAUCAAAAAGGGUGAAGUUGUGCCAGUAUUCAAGACUUUGCCAGGGGAAAAGACUGCAAGGCUAGAACUGGGAGGUGCUCUUAAUACACUCCAGGAGAAAAUUUUUGUAGCUGCAGGAUCUGAGGUUAGAGGUUUCACAAAAAAAGGGAAACAGUUCCUUUCGUUUAAUACCAACCUCACUGAGAACAUCAAAGCUAUGCAUAUAUCUGGAUCAGAUCUCUUCCUUGGUGCAAGCUAUAUCUAUAACCAUUAUUGUGACUGUAAAGACCAGCACUACUACCUAUCAGGAGAUAAAAUCAAUGAUGUUCUCUGUCUUCCAGUAGAAAAACUGUCUUGCAUUACACCCGUAUUGGCAUGUCAAGAUAGAGUGCUUAGAGUUUUGCAGGGGUCAGAUUUGCUGUAUGAAAUGGAAGUCCCUGGUCCACCUGCUGUUCUGGCUUUGAACAAUGGAAACGGUGGUGACUCUGGUGAAGAAGUUCUGUUUGGGACAUCUGAUGGUAAAAUUGGUCUGGUACAGAUCACUGGAGUUUCUCCAGAAGAAAAGUGGAAAAUCGGAAAUGAGAAAAAAAGAGGUGGCAUCUUAUGUAUGGAUAGCUUUGAUAUUUUGGGAGAUGGAGUUAAAGAACUGCUUAUUGGUCGAGAUGAUGGAAUGUUAGAAAUCUAUAACUUUGAAAAUGCAAGGAGUCCUGUUCUCAGAUAUGAACAUGCCUUGUCAGAAAGUGUCACAUCUGUCCAAGGCGGCUGUGUUGGGAAAGAGGGCUAUGAUGAGAUCGUAACAUCAACAUACUCAGGGUGGGUGUCAGGCCUGACUACAGAGCCUAUUCAUAGAGAAUGUGGAUCAGGGGAUGGAUUAAAGAUGACUCAUGAAAUGCAGAACAAGGUUUUAUCUUUGAGGAAUGAAUUAGAACAGCUACAGAUCAAGGUACUUCAAGAGCGUGAAAAAUACCAGCAGUCCUCUCAGUCCAGCACUGCUGUUUCAGCAGUCCCAACAUUCAGUGUAAAUGAUAAGUUUACAUUAAAUAGAGAUGAUGCCAGCUACAGCCUUGUUCUAGAGGUCCAGGCAGCAAUUGAUACUGUCUUGCUACAGUGUGAUGUUCCAAUAGACCUAAAAGAUGUGGAUAAAAAUUCAGCUGUGGUUAGUGUUGUUGACUGUGAAUCAGAGCCAAAUGGCAACUUCCUCCUUGCCACAUAUCGGUGUCAGGUAAAUACCACAAGGCUGGAGCUUAAGAUUCUAUCAAUUGAAGGUCGGUAUGGGACACUGCAAGCAUAUGUAACUCCAAGGGUUCAACCGAAAACCUGCCAAGUUCGGCAGUAUCAGAUUAGGCCACUUUCACUUCAUCAGAGGACACAUUGUAUCGAUCGUGACAGACCCAUGAAUACAUUGACCCUCAAAGGCCAGUUCAGCUUUGCUGAAGUUCACUCCUGGGUUGUAUUUUGCUUGCCUGAAGUUCCAGAAAAGACACCAGUGGGGGAGAGCAUCAGUUUCUACUUUCAGAACACCUUUUUGGAUACACAGCUUGAAUGUACUUACCGGAAAGGGGAAGGAUACUUCAAAUCUGACAAUAUAUCCACAAUAUCCAUUCUAAAAGAUGUGCUCUCUAAAGAAGCCACUAAAAGGAAAAUUAAUCUUAAUAUAUCAUGCGAUAUAAAUGAAGUGUCUGUAAACCACACCUUAAAGCUAAUCCAUCCAAAAUUAGAAUACCAGCUGAUGUUGGCUAAAAAAGUUGAACUAAUAGAUGCUUUAAAAGAAUUACAAGCUCAUGAAGGAAACACAGACUUCUUGAUUCCAGAAUAUCGCAGCAUUUUGGAGGAGGCAGAACAGCUGCUUGCAGAACACAAGAAGCAACCUACAUCUCUUGAAAGACUUUAUGGUAUGAUUACAGAUUUAUUCAUAGAUAAAUUUAAAUUCAAAGGUACUAAUGUGAAAACCAAAGUUCCUCUUCUUCUGGAAAUUUUGGGAAGCUACGAUCAAAACUCAUUGCUUGACUUUUUUGAUAGCGCUGCCUAAACUGCAAGAACUGGAACAGCUCUCUAAAGAGAGGAUAGUGGAUGAAGACCAGGAAAAUUGAAUCUUUGUUCACAUAAUUUUAUACAUAUGUUACAUUACUUUUAUUUUUAUUGAAUUUAACAGA